GCUGCUAUGGCUUGAGGGUGGCAUGGUGGCAGAGGUGAGAUCAAUGGCUUUGGUAUCAGAGAUUCAGGAGCAUUUGGAUGUCGAUGGAGGCUCAAUCUCAUUAGUACCAAUGGGGGGAAGAAGGAUGUUAUUAACUGAAAGAGUCAAAGGGUACUUAGCUGAGUAUAUGAAGCUAAAUGAGGAGUUGCUUGGUUUGUGGUUUGUGUCUUUAAAACCAUGGGAGAAGGCAACAGAGGAGAAAAGUAGAAUGGUGUGGUUGCGCAUAACGGGAGUGCCUCUAAAGGCAUGGAGUGAGAGGUGCUUCCAGACGAUAGGUGAGACAAUAGGAGAAGUGUUAAUGAUUCAUGAUGAUACAAAGAAGAAAUCAAUAUUAUGGGAUGGGAGAGUAUUGGUUUUAUGCUCAAAUUCUAACAAGAUAUCAAAACGAACUCAACUGAGGGUGGGUGAGCAGGGGUAUGAGAUAGAGAUUGUCGAGGAGGAGUGGCGCUCCGAUCCGGAUUGGUGGCUGUCGGAGAAUGACCGGAAAAGUGACCUAGAAUCGGAGUUUGAUUACUCAGUAGCGUGGAGUCAGAACGAGGAUCCUGAGUUGGAUACGGACGGGAUUUGCGGCGGCAAGGAUAUGAGUACUGAUUCAGAGCAUUUAAUGAAGGAUGCGGAUUUAAAUUCAAAUUCGAAGCCGUUAGCGAAAGAUGAAGGCUGUGAACAAAUUGAAACAGGGAUGGUUUUGGAGGGGAAUGAAGGAUACGGGCUAUCUCAGAGUACUGGGCCUCAAAGGCUGAGUGCAGAAAUCGGGAAAAAAAAAACAGAGGGUAAAAAGCAGAGAUAUCUUCAAGAAUGCUACCCAGAAAACUUAGAGGAGAUCUGGGCAAAAGGGGCACAACGGGUGACACCCAGAACAAAGCAGAGACAGUCAAGGAGAGUGGGCGCUAGACAAACUGAGGAUGACAAGGUAUGCAUCGCUGGCUCUAUGUCUAUUUCGGAUGGGUGUAUCGAGAAUAGAAAUAGGGUGUUGCAGAGAGAGAUGAAUUUAUAUGAGGUGAGUCGGAUGAUGAGGGUGGGGAAGAGGUUGGGCUUUCAAUUUGAUAAUAAUGAGGAGGAGAUACAAUCUAACUUAUUAGAGGCAGAGGAUCGGGAAACAGCAGGUCGAAGAGACGUGUCAGGGAAGGGUUUGGGUGGGACAUUGAAAAGGAAGGAGGUGAAAAAGUUGGUUAAAGAAGAGAGGCCCGAUUUUUUGUUUUUGCAGGAAACAAAGUUAGAAAGGAUGGAUGUAGGUACAUGUAGCCAGUUGUGGAAUUCUGAUGAAUUUGACUGGGUUGCGAAGGACUCAUCUGGAGCUUCAGGGGGUUGGCUUUGUAUAUGGGAUAGGAGACACUUUGUUAAGAGGGAAGAGCUAAUUGGUGACGGUUUUGUGGGAUUAUCAGGGGAAUGGGGAGCAAGUAAACAACAGUGUUUUCUUAUAAAUGUGUAUGGCCCUAAUGAUAGACAAAAGAGGGCCAAGUUGUGGGAGGAACUAAGGAGGAUGAAAACAGACAAGGAAGGACAUUGGUUGAUAGCAGGGGACUUUAAUGCUGUUAGAGGCCCUGAGGAGAGACGAGGAAAAAUAAGGGAGAGUCCGGGUAUGAAUGACUUUGAUGAGUUCAUUGUGGCAACAGAUUUGGUAGAUGUUAAAUUGACAAAUAGAAGGUAUACUUGGUAUAAGCCAGAUGGGACAGCAAGAAGAAGAUUGGACAGGUUCCUAUUAAGUACUGAGAUGAGCAACAUGGAAGGAGAGUGGAUACAACAAGCACUGCCAAGGAAUAUCUCUGAUCAUUGUGCUGUCAACAUUGUUGAAGAAAAAUGGAGCGAGAUGGAGGUAGAGGGGUUUGCAGGGUAUAAAUGCCAACAAAAGUUAAAGCUGUUAAAGGAGUUCUUAAAGGGCUGGAACAAGGAAGUAUUUGGGAACAUGGAUGCUCUAUAUGGACAGGCUGUGAGAAAGGUAGAGCAGGUUGACAUGCAGAACGAGAAGUCAAGGAAUAAAUGGGUGUGUGAGGGUGAUGCGAAUACCCGCUUCUUUCAUAGAGUUGCUAUCGGGAGAAGGGCGCACAAUAAUAUAGCAGGCCUUAUGUGUGAUGGGGUGUGGUGUGAAGAGCCAAACGCAGUUAAAAAUGAGAUUGCCAAAUAUUUUAGAAAGUUGUUUCAAGGAGAGUCAUGGAAUAGAACCAAGCCUGGUGGCCUUAAAUUUCAGCAGAUCUCAAAGGAGAAAAGAGAAUGGCUAGAAAGACCAUUUUCGGUUGAAGAAAUUGAGGAAGGCUUGCGGAGCUGUGAUGGAUCAAAGGCACCGGGGCCGGAUGGGUACAACUUCAACUUCCUCAAAUUUGCGUGGCACUGCAUAAAGGAGGACUUCAUCAAUUUUUUCUCUGAAUUCCAUCGGAAUGGUAAAUUGGUGAGGGGACUGAAUUCUUCUUUUAUAACUUUAAUUCCUAAGAAAGUGAAUGCUGUAGAAUUAAAGGACUAUAGACCCAUUAGCUUGAUUGGUUGUGUCUAUAAAUUAUUAGCGAAGGUGCUGGCUAAUAGAUUGAAAUCUAUGAUAUCAGAAAUUGUGAGUGACACCCAAUCUACUUUUGUGGGGGGCCGUCAGUUGGUGGAUGGUGUUUUGGUGUUGAAUGAAGUAGUGGAUGAGGUCAAGAAGAGGAAAAAGCCAGCUUUUGUGUUUAAGGCAGAUUUUGAAAAGGCAUAUGAUUGCGUAGAUUGGUCCUUUUUGGAUUGGAUGAUGGAGAGAUGUGGCUUUGGAACGAAAUGGAGAGGGUGGAUUACGGAAUGUCUUUCAAACGCGAGAAUUUCGGUUUUAGUAAAUGGGAGCCCGACAAUGGAAGUUGAGGUAGGUAAAGGAUUGCGUCAAGCUGAUCCUUUAUCUCCUUUUCUCUUUUUGUUGAUUGCAGAGGGGUUACAAGGUUUAAUUCAAAGAGCAGUAACGGAAGGAAUGUUACAUGGGAUUGAGAUUAGAAAGCAAGGGAUGUCUGUGUCGUUACUCCAGUUUGCGGAUGAUACAAUUAUUAUGGGUAGAGCGGAUGUUGAGAACAUACGUAUGGUGAAGGACGUCUUAAGAUGGUUUGAGCUUAUGUCUGGCUCGAGGAUAAAUUUUAGCAAGAGCAGUGUCUUCGGGUAUAAUGUGUCGGAGAAAUGGCUAAAGGAUCAGCGGGAAUGUUACGCUGCGGGAAUUCAAAGGAGUUUUUUAUGGGGAGGGUCAGGGUUAAAUAAGAAGAUUUCAUGGGUCAAAUGGGACUAUGUUUGUAGUGCUAAGGCGAAGGGGGGUCUAGGGGUGCCAGAUUUGCGGAGAAAAAAUUGGGCAAUGCUAGGGAAGUGGUGGUAUAGGAUGGGUGAUGGGGUUGACAGCUUGUGGAAAAGGGUGGUGAGGGAGAAAUACUAUGGAGGCAGGAGGGAGGUAGAUAUCACUGCGAUUGAGUGUGCGAGGACAUCAAAGCUUUGGAGGGAUAUUAUUAGGAUAGGGGGUCAGUCUUUGAAACAUAGGAUCAUGUUGGCUGAGGGUUUCAAGUGGGAGGUGGGAGAGGGUAAUAAAGUGGCCUUUUGGCAUGAGUGGUGGGUAGGAGAUAAAAGUCUUAGGGAUUUAUUUCCAAGGUUAUUUGAGUUAUCAGUGAAGAAAGAAGGAAAGGUUUCUGAAAUGGGAUUUUGGGAAGAGGGUGAAUGGGUUUGGCGGAUUGAGUGGAGGAGGGGAACAAUAGGGCGUGAGAAAAAUGAGGAGGAGUUGCUGGAGAAGAUGCUGGAGGGUGUUCAUCUAAAGGAGGGGGUGAGGGAUGUAUGGAAGUGGGUUCAUGAGAUGGAAGGCAAAUAUGUGGUAAAAAUAGCCUAUGAUUUUCUAGCAUCUACGGAGUGUGUUUUAGAGGACCGAAUGUGCAAAUUAAUAUGGUGCAGUUGGGUGCCAUCAAAAGUGGCUUUUUUUGGGUGGCGUUUAUGUUUAGAUAGGCUCCCAACAAAGGUAAACCUUAAAAAACGUGGGAUUCAGUUACAAGAAGGGGUUUUUUGUGAAUGUUGCGAUGGGACAGUGGAGGAAGUUAAUCAUUUAUUUUGUGUAUGCUAUAAGGCAUGGGUUGUUUGGGCACAAGUGUUGAGAUGGUGGGGGGUGGAGAGUGUCUUGCCUAAUACAGUGGUGGGAAUGACAGAUUUUUUCUUAUGUGGUUUAGGAAGUAUAGUUGGUAAAGAGAUGGGAGCCUGUAUUUUUCUAGUGGUCUCCUGGUAUUUAUGGUAUAGGCGCAAUGCUCAAGUAUUUCGAAAAGAUGAAGGAAUAGAAAACUUGCUGGAAAGGGUGCAAGUUAAAACCUUUUUAUGGAUUAAAUCUAAAGUGAAUGGCUGUGUUUUCUCCUUUCAUGAAUGGCAAUCUUGUCCGAAGGAGUGUGCUAUGUCUGUCAAAAAUCAUAAAAGGAUGAGGAAGCAAUUCUAUAAGGCAUUCGGGCCCCCUGGCUGAUGUUUUGGAAAUGCAGAUGGUUCUGCUUUUGAUCAGGUUUCCAAGUUGUGUCAAAUUCUGGUUGUAAGGAGCUUGGCUCCCAUCAGAUGCGGGUACCAUCAAGAUGUGGGUGCCAUAUGUUUGUAGAUGGGUUGAAGCACCCCUUGUGCUUCAUUAAAUAAAAAUUUUUAUUUGGC